AUGUCCAAACAAAAAAAACAAACUCAAGUCGUUUUUGCGCCUCUCGCAGAAUCUGUAUACUUGGCUCGCUCUCCUAAAAUCAACUCCUCCUUAGUCCUACAAGCCCAACGUGUAGACCCAUAUGCUCCAGCUCCUGUCGAACCAGUCUUUGAUGUCAAACAAAAUGCUCGCCCAAUCACUCGUCUUCUCAAUAAAGUCCGCUCUCUUAACAUGGCUGUAGGAUCUAUUAUCCCAGAUCCCCUUUAUGAUGAAACUACUGCUUCCUCUUCUUCAUCUUCCGCUUCUCCACAAAUCACUCUUGUCUCCUCCACUUCAAACUCACAAUCUUCGCCACCAGGUUCUCCUACUGCAAUUGUAUCCCCAGCUGAACUCAUCUUUGCUAAAAGUGGAACUUCCAGAUCUUAUCGUUCUCACUCAAUGUCUACCUCCUCGUCUACUUCCUCUUCUUCUGCCCCUCAUUUCCCAUGCCCAAUGGCUUCUCAUCCUUCCAAUUCCAAUUCCAAUUCCAAUUCCAAUUCUAAUUCCAACUCUUCAAACUCACCAUGCUCAAACUCAACAUGCUCGGCUUGUACUUCAAAAGAACCAACCUUUUCUAUCUUGGAUAGAGAAGCAAGCCCUAAAGACCCUCCCAUUGCUGUCUUUAACCGAUUCGAACUAGCAUUUGCCCCCAAAACUGUCCCACUACUUGCUCGCUUCACACGGCUGGACCGUGGAAGUGGCUCUGCUCGCAUGGCUGACGAUUAUACUAUGCUUCAACAUGAACAACUCUUUUCUGGUAACAACACUGUCAGUUGGUACAUGGUUCCAGAAGAAGAAAAACAACGCCCAAAUGCAUCAUCAUCAUCAUCUUCAUCUUCAUCUUCAUCUUCUCUUUAUCGCAUCUCUACUUACAAAGUUUAUGACAAAUCUACAGGCAUGCUUGUGGGUAAAUGGAAACGCCGUAGUGCAUUGACACCUAUUGGUUCUGCCACCAUUCGCUCCAGCUCGCGCGCACUUGCUCGUAAAACCACGGGAAGUAGCGACGAGAGUACAGUUGUUGGUGGUGGAGGAGAGUUUGAUGAUACUUUUAAUUCUAACCAUGGACUGGAGCCGCCAAGCUUCACACGUACAGCUGCCACACGAUAUUUUCUUAAUAAGCGGGGGUCUGCGUCGCGCCCAUUUUUUUCCGGUGAAGUGUAUUCUCUUGCCGCAGGAAGCUCCAAUGGAUCAAGCACCAGUAGCACUAACCGUGCAGCUACUCUUGCAGCCCAAGAUGAGGAGUGGUGUUUUAUGGUUAACCGUGGCAAGGCCAAUGGAGGAUGGACUGUUAUUGCUAGUCUUAAAGGUUACGAGUUACGGAUGGUGGAUGCUCAAGAUUCGCCACUCCGCCAAUUUUUCCUUGAUGAAUAUGUACGACAUAUGCGAUUCAAGUAUAUUAAUCGUCUUAAGAAGUUACAUUUACAACGUCAAGUUGCUGCAGCAGCGGCUGCAGCUGGUGGUGAAGAUGAUGAAGAGUUUUACAGUUCAGGUGAUGAAGUGAAUGGACUUGGGAAGACUUUAACUGGAGGAAUGAGUUCUCCUCCCAUGUUCCCAGUCAAGGUUUGUCCAAAUACUUUACAAACUACAAAACAUUUGGCAGGACACUCGCAAACUAAUCAGCGGGUACGUGUGAAUGAUGCAUUAUCAAUGGUUGCCAUUAUGUUACUUUUGAAUCUUGAUCAUGGGUUGAGAUGUCGGAUGUCUCAACUUGAGAAUGAGCAACAUCAACAUCAGCAGCAGCAGCAGCAGCAGCAGCAACAGCAACAUUCAGAUACUCAGACAACUCGAAGAAAAAGUUUACGUCGGGAAUCGUCAUUGAAUUCUGAGUCGUCAGGUGAGGGCAGUGGUGGUAAUGGUGAUGGGGAUAGAAAAAGAAAUGCCAAGCCGCGCAAGUCUCGCAGACGGGGUUCGCAUGGGAAUCGGAAAGAUGAUGGUGGAGUUGAGAUUUCUCAGCAACAACAACAACAACAGUCAGGAGUUACAGCUUCAGCAGCGGGGUCCGGGAAAUGGUAUACUAAGAUGAUUCCUCAUUUAUUUUAA